UCGGUCUCUGAAAGUGUACCUACAAUUAGCUAGUGACAACACAAAGGCUGUAGUGUGCACUAGAUCUAGAAAAAAGAGAAGAGGAAAUGAUCCAUCAGUCACCUUUGGCUGUGUUUUCAGAUGGUAUUAAAAGGGGACUUUGACGAAGAAAAAAAAACAUUAAGAAAACAUCUCAAAAUAUCUUUAAUGCAUCACUAAAGAAAAUCACACAAGUUUGGACUAUUUUGAAGGUUUCCACAUAUCUGGACAGUUUACUCAAAGGCUUGACAAAUCCAAAGAACCAAAGAGAUCAUGCGAUGGAAGCGAAAGCACAGAUACUGCAGUGUCGCCAUUUUCCUCAUUGUGCUCGUGUUUGUGGGAAGACUCGUUUAUCAGGGUCAGUGGCACUGUAAAAUCACCCAGGAGACACUUGCUGCUCAAGAGCUCCAAACCAUAAAAACCUCCUUCAACUUCUCCAUGACAUAUCUAUUAAGGUUGAAGGAGCUUGAAGAGUCUUCUAAACUACUGACGUCAAAUGAAAACAUCUCAGCUACGGAUGGAAGUUUGCAGCAGAAGUUGGAAAACUCCUCGCUUUUGAACAUCAGUUUGAACGACGAGAUGAGCGUGGCAAAGAUACUUCAAGAUGAACCUUAUGAGUACAUCCUUAACGAACCAUUCUCAUGUCUGCUGCGAGCUCCUUUCUUAGUGCUUUUGAUUGCAGUUGAGCCCAAGAAAACAGAUGCCAGGGAUGCCAUCAGGAAAACGUGGGCCAAUGAAAGUGUGGCUUGGGGUUUGGGUAUCAUCAGGCUUUUUUUCAUAGGUGUAAAUCAAGACACCCAAAGAAAUGGCAGCAAACUACAGCACACAAUAGAAGAAGAAAGUGACCGGUAUCAUGACAUCAUCCAACAAGAUUACAGGGACACUUACAACAACCUUACCCUAAAAACGCUGAUGGGGAUGUACUGGAUCACAAAGUACUGUCCCGAGGCCAAAUAUGUCAUGAAGACCGACAGCGAUAUGUUUGUCAACACCGAAUACCUCAUGGAGAAAAUCCUAAAGCCCAAAGGGCAACAGACACAGAAGUAUUUCACCGGACUUCACAUGACAGGCUUCUUCCCAAACCGAAACAACGAGAGUAAAUGGUAUAUGCCCCUAGAAUUGUUCCCUGGAAGGCGAUACCCCACCUUUUGUUCUGGGACUGGAUACGUCUUCUCAGGUGAUGUGGCUCAAAGGAUAUAUGUGGCAUCUCUGACCAUACCCAGACUGCAUUUAGAAGACGUUUACGUGGGUAUUUGUCUAGCUAAACUGAAGAUAGAGCCAGAGCCGCCACCAAAUGAACAUCUGUUCAAUCACUGGCAAGUGCCCUACUCUAGCUGUACGUACAGCAACCUGAUCACCUCCCAUGGGUUUGAACCCAAUGAGCUGAUCCAGUACUGGCAGCACCUGCAGAGCAACAAGCACAUUCCCUGCCAAACAACAGGAUGAAACGUUCAAUAAACAGGUUUUGUGUGUGUGUGUGUGUGUGUGUGUGUGUGUGUGUGUGGGUGUGUGUGCGUGCCAGGGCUGGGUUCUGUCAAAUAAAACACCUUUUCCAUUA